AUGCCAGGCAAACCCACAAAACCCAACACUCCCACCCAUUUCAUUCAAGCCCAUCAACAACUCAUUGAGACAGGAUUAUACCUUGGUGACAUGUCCUUCCAGGACACUGAACCUCAGGGUGGUGCCAGAAAGUGUUUACCUUCUCCCCCACCUGAUGACAGCUCCUUCGACUUGGCUCCCAUCUCCACCAUUGUCCAGAUCGACAGCAAUGACUACUGGCUUACAGCAGAUGCCAACUAUCAUGGACCCAGUGAAAUCUGGCCAGACUUUGCCAUUAUCAAGCCAUCUUGCAUUGUUCAAAUGCCCAACAUCAUGCCAUUUACUGCUGAUUGGGCCAAUGUGAUGGACAACCUCUGUUGGCUGCAAGAUGCUAUUGCAACACCUGAGUUUACUACGAAGCAGGGACUUUUCACUACAGCUGGUCCAUGUGGCCCUCGCUUCAGAUUGCAUCAUGUCUUAUUCAAGGCUCUAGAUGCUGAUGACCUUGCCAUGCAGGAUGGUGCUGGUUCAGGAGUGCAGUCUGACAAGGACGAGACCAAUGAUCUUGAUCCUAUUUUUUCUAUCGAAAACUGGCCUACCUUCAGUGAUGCUGCCAGAGGAGGGUUGGACAGCCUCAGGCAGAUGCAUUGGGUCAUUCCUAUCCCUGCAUAUGACCUUGAAGAGAAGUUGAUUGACCCACACUUCUACCACCAUUAUCUGGAAGGGGCUGUGGUUGAACUGCAUUUCAACCUUUCUCACUGGUCUAUCUCAAGGCAGGGCAUCCCAGGUAAAGAUGUUUACACAGCAGAUAUAGUCAUGAUGCAUGUUUUAGUACCUCCUUGUGCAUCUGCCACACCCCAUAUACCACUGAAGAGAAAGGUGUCAGCAUACAUUCACCCAGAUUCCUCUCCUACUAAGCACCCGAAAGUUUGAUUGACUACAGUACAGAUGUGGUCUAUUUUACAGCCAUUUGGUCUUGUAUUCACCUUUUC